UACGUGCGGUGAGUAACCGGAACAGAAGGGGGCGCUGUGGUGCUUCAAGGCGCUGUGGCGGCUGCGCUAAUAGAGGAGAGAUAGAGCGCUACAGGAAGCGCUGAUGGGAGUUGUAUUUAUCUUAGCACCAAUAGGCAAGCUGGCUGUUCGGUUGUCCUAUGUAACAUUAUUCUGUCAUCUUAAAAAUAUACAGGUCGCUCGGUUAUCACGCUAGUUUCACUGUCAUGGAGCACAAUAAGACGGUUAUUGUGACAGGUUUUGAACCUUUUGGAGAACAUGCUGUUAAUGCAAGCUGGGUGGCAGUGCAGGAGUUAAAGAAGUUGGGGCUCGGACCAAAUGUGGAUCUUCACAUUACUGAGGUUCCUGUGGAGUACCAAGCAGUCCAGAAUCUUCUACCCUCACUAUGGGAUCAGUAUCACCCACAGUUAGUGGUCCACGUUGGAGUUUCUGGAAUGGCUACAACAGUAACCCUUGAAAAAUGCGGUCAUAACCGCGGCUAUAUGCGACCUGACAACUGCGCCUUCUGUCCUAAGUCCGGCUGCUGUAUGGAGGGGGGGCCAGACUGCAUCAAGUCAGCCAUCGAUAUGGAUGUUGUCUGCAAGAGGGUCAACAACUCAGACCUCGGAGUCUCUGUAUCCGUUUCAAAAGAUGCAGAUACCUGUGUGACUACACCUACUACGCAUCGUUGUACCUGGGCAAGGGACGAUCUGCGUUCGUGCAUGUGCCCCCACUGGGGAACCCCUACAGUGCGGAACAGCUGGCGGAGGCACUCCGAGCUGUGAUCUUGGAGAUGCUAGACUUGUUGGAGCAUAGUAUGGAAAAGCAGCUUUGCCAGCACAGUCAUUGAAAAAUCCCAGAACAGCUCUUUAACCCACUAUGUAGUGUAUGUUUGGUGAUACACUACACCAUACUAUGGGACUGGGCUGAUUUGUGAUGUAACCCAAACACCAGACUAAAACCUGCUGCUGCUCAACUCGGACAAGGAUAGACAGCCCUUUGUGGGGUAUAGUCAUGAGACGCUGAGAUGUGGUGCUAUGUAUAAAAUGUAUUUGUCAAUCGACAUGAAUCAUUAGCCCAUCAGAACAUACACAGCCAUGUGCAGUAGGUUUUCCAUGAUUACCUCCCACUAUACACACACACACACACACACACACACACACACACACACACACACACACACACACACCACACAUACACCACUCAUACCCAGAAGUAUCCAUGUUUGUUUGUUUUUAACAAAAUUCACUAUAGAUACAAGUACAGUAUGACUCAUUUUAUAUAUAUAUAUAUUUUUUAUGUGGGAAGACUAAUAUGUCCUUGUAUUGUAGCUGGAGUAUUAAUAGAAAAUUUUUUAGUCUGGCCUUCUAGGGAUGACUUUAGAUGUAUUAGUAUGUGCCGCAUAUUUGUAUGUGAGUGCAAAAAUGCAAGCAACCAGCUGUCUGAAUAAACUUUAAUGCAUUAAUACAGUCAAAGCACACAUUUGGAAGCACACUGGAAACAUUGUUGUCUUUUGUAUAUAUCACAACCUGCUAACUGCCAGCUAUUUUUGAAGCAUAAUAUUAUGAAUAUUAUAUUAGGAAUAUUAUUAAUAAUAUUAUGAAAUCACACAUAUAUGUAUGACAUUUGUAAACUAUGACUAGUCAUCGCACUGACUUUAUGUACAAAUUGUCUGUAUUCAGAAUCUAUGACAGAAAUGUGAAUUGUGCCUGAUAUGAAGUAAUAAAAAUAUUAUAAUUAAUAGUUAUAGACAUAUUUAUAGAAAAUACUUAGGCAGUUAGUAUUUGUUUAAUGACACCCCCGCCACACACACACACACACACACAUUUUUUACUUAUUCAUAAAGAUAUUAUCCUUGGAAUUUUUUUGUCCUUUGGCCAACUGUUAAACUGAUUCUUUUAAUUUUAUGUGUAACCCAUGGAAUGCUUAAUGAUGUGUGCUACAUUACUUUCUAUAAAUGUAGAAAUGUGUUCUCUGAUUAACAUGCCCUAUUCAUUUACAGUUUUAUGUCUGGCUUCUCUGGCAAACUACAAUGCUACAAUAAAUAAUGUUAUUUAAACUAAUAAACUGUUGUCUUAUAUAGCUGAAAGCAAAUUCUCUUACAUCAUGUACUCUUAUAUUAUGAACUGUUAUUAAGAUGCCUUGGAUAUGGGGAAUACUGGGUUAUAGUUUCUGUUUGUGUGUCUCUGUGCUAUCAAAUACCUAUGAUGAAUGUAUUCGUUUAAUUACCUCUUUGAAUAAGCUGAUCAACUCCCAUCCUUUAAUAUAGCUAAAACAUGAAAACUUAUUUUGUAGUA